AUGAGAAAGACAGGCAAGCAACUUAUCAAGUUUCUAUGUACAGAUAGUGAAUUUGUUGCAGUGUUUGGAAAUUAUUUGAGUCGAUUUUCAUUAGCCAAACAUACUUACUGCUAUAAUCAAAAAAGUUAUGUACAAUUGUAUUUGCAAGAAAAUAAAAUUGAUGAAGAUGUUUCGAAUAUUAAAACUAUUAAAGUAAUACCUCCAGAAAUGACUGUAGAAUGGUUUCAAGAAAAGAUUAAAGAUAUUAAAGGACAUCAAACAUUGGAUGGACAAUUGAGAAUUAGAUUUCAUAUAAAUCAAGAGCAUUAUUCUUAA